CACUUUUGUCAUCUGCUUCUUAUAAAUACAUUGUAAAUAAAGUUAUUUAAUAAAUAAAAAAAUGCGUUAGCAGAUUCUCUUAUCAACGUGAUCUGUCUUAAUCUGAAGACUUUCUGACCCUUCGCGCACGCCGUAGAGUCACAAUAGUAAUGGCGUCAGUGCUCUGACUUCCAAGUUUUGACGGAACUAACUUUUGGAGUUUUGGAGUUUGGAGAAUGUCUCAGAGGUCCGCGGCGAGUGUUCGGACUCCGUUCGGCUCGAAGCCUUUCCGAACCGCCUCAGACAUCAGAUAGGAGUCCGACAGUGAGCCUCGCGAUGUGAACGAAUCCGACUUUCAGGAUGCAGAACCGGCGAUGAAGUUAAGCUAACUGCCGUCGGGGCGAUUAGCUUAAAGUUUCUGCCAAACUCAGACCAGUUAUUUAUAUAUAUUUUUAAAUUCCCGUUGUCCGUGAAAAUGAGUCGUUUUCUUCGGUACUGUACCAGCCAUUGUCUCCACGCAGCAAUGACCCGGCUGGAGGAGGUCGAGGGGGAGGUGAGCAUGAGGUCGUCGGUUCGGUUUCUCGGCUACCUGUCCGGUCUGACCCUGCUCAUAGCUCUCUGGUUGGGUCUGUACUCACGGUGGGAGGCAACCUCCGAGUCCAUUUUCCUGGUGCUCCUGGUCUUGGGGGUGUUCGUGUUGGUCACAGCCGGAGUUCUGAACUACAUCUUCAACUUGGAGCGGGUCAGCCUCAGCCUCCUGCACCUGUGGUACGGCUUUGUACUGGGUCUGCUCUCCUUCGCGAGCGCGCCCGACCUGAAGUUCACCAGCAAGGAUGAGCUGACCAACUACCUGCUCCUGUUUAGCGUGGUGCUGCGGUUUAUGUGGGCACUGCUGGUGCGGCUCCUCGGACCCACCCGUCCCGCCUUCCUGACGUCUGCAGAGCGGAUGGAGCUGGCGGGCUUCGCGGCGGCCAGCACGCUUAUGCCGCUUCGGGACAUCGUCAGCGUGGCCGCGCUCGUAGCGGCGCUCGCCGCCCUCAUGGCUGCGCUUCGAAUGAAUGUUUAUAUGGCUUUUGUGAACCUGUCAUUCUUCGUAGCAUUUUCCCUUGAUUUUUUCAAAAACCUGGCCAUCUCCCCCAACCCGUUCGCCCUGACCUGCUUCUUCGGCCAGCUGAUCUGCGACCCCCUCCUGGACUGUUACGUCUGCGGGCUCUCCGUGACGGAGCGCUGGCGGUCCUUCCUGUUGUGGAGGGGUUUGUGGCGCCGCCUGUCCCUGCUGCCCCUCCUGGGGGUGGAGGUGCUCUUCAUCAGCCUGGCCGGCCAGGUAAUGGCGGCCCAGCCACAGUGGUACAUGAUUCUCCCGUUCUUCCUGGUCCUCCUGCUCUUCUGGGCCAUCUGCCACAUGCUGUUUGUGAUCACCCUGUGGACCUUCCACUCCAAACUGGGCGACUGCCAGCGCCUCUUCCACUACCAGGAGACCAGUCUGGACAAGAUCAUGGCCUCCAAGGGACUGAGGCUUUUCUGCCUCAUUUCGGGGCGGCUGGGGUUCUUCACCCUGGCUUCCAGCUUUGCAUUCGCCGCUUUCUGUUUUCAGCCUAAGAGCACCCUCAUCACGGGGGUGUUUCUCCUCGCCUUUACCCUGGAGUCUCUGUUCCACGGCCUCUUCUACGAGCUCGGGAACACUCUUGGGGGGACCUGUGUGGGUUAUGCGGUGGUCAUCCCCACCAACUACUGCAGUCCAGACGGUCAGCCCAUCCUGCUGCCCCCGGGUCAAGUGCAGGAGCUGAACAAGCGCUCCACAGGCAUGCUGAACAACAUACAGCGGUUUUUCGCCCACCACCUGAUCGAGAACUAUGGCUGCGACUAUUCUACGAGCGGGUUGACCUUCGAGACCCUGCAGGCUAAGAUCAAUACCUUUUUGGAGCAGCGCACUCAAGACGGGCCUCGCCACGACACAUACAUGAUCUUUUACAGCGGUCACACUCACCGAUCCGGAGACUGGGCACUAGCAGGUGGAGACACUCUUCCCCUGCAUCAGAUUCUGGACUGGUGGAGGGAGAAGAACGGCGGCUCCAGCUCCCGCCUUGUGCUGGUGCUCGACUGUGACAACGCGCUGCCGUGGGUCAAAGAGGUUCAGCAGGUGAAGGGCGUGUACGCAGCGGUGCAGGGAGCCUCGCUCUCCAUGCCGGCAGACGUGGAGCUGCAGGACCCGCCGCAGCUCGGCGACUUCACUGAGCAGUGGGUGGAGUACAACUGCAAUCCCAGUAGCAACAUCCAGUGGUCGGAGCGGGGCAGGCCCGUCUCAGCCGCGUACGGCAUCUCCAAACACUGGAGCGACUACACGCUGCACCUGCCCACAGGAAGCGACCUGACCAACCACUGGAGCGGGUACUUCCCCCGCUUCUCCCACCCGGUGGUUCGGCUGGCUCUGUGGUGCGGCAGCCGGGACGCGCUGUGGAUCUGCAGUUCCUGUGUCAAAUGUCUGAAACGGUGGAAGUUAAACUGGUUCCCUCCUGCCGUACUGGAUACGGGGCAAGGCUUCAAACUAGUGAGAUCAUAGAAAAAAAGCAGCUUUUAAACUGAUUGACUCUAAACUUAUGACUCCAACUUUAAAUAUGAAACCGUUACUGACAUAAUUUUCACUUUUAAUGUAUAAAAUAAUAUUUUCUUAAUGCAGAAGUUUUAUUUUGAAAGAACACAUUUUCUAACCAAAUUGAAAGGCAGAGAACAUUGACAGCAGCACCUUACACAUUUAACCUCUUGAUGCCUAUUGAUGCAAAUAUGCAUCAAACCAUUUCAGCUCCAAAAUUAACUCAUUCUACUUGAAAACAAAAAAUAUGUAAGAUGGAAAUAAAUGUAGGCGUCAAGGGGUUAAAGCUCUUGACUGACCAAGAGAACAUUCACAGAAUACCUUGUACCGUAACUGAACCAAACAAACUUUAUUUUAUGAUCUUUUUGGAAAAUGUUUUCAUUGGUGGGUUCUAGAGCUUUAAUUCUCUGUUUUUAUCUGGAUGGAGCCAUUAUUUUUUAUAUUUUGGGUGUUUUUUUUUCUCCACUUUUAGCCUCUAUAAUGAAUUUGCUUCGUGUUCUGAUGCAGUUUUGAUAUAAAAAAAAAAAUACAUUUUAUAUUCACUAGCUCCACAAAAACAGAAGUUCACGAUUUUUCGUGUUUUUUUUUUAUAUAUAUAUUGACAGGGCUAUGCAUUUUUGUUCUGAUGACUUUAAUGUGUGAAACACUGAUUUCAGGAAAAUAGGGAAGAGAUGGAAGAAACUAUGCAAUAAAAUGAAGUAUAACCUUGUACUUCCUCAAA